AUGCCCGAUGUCAUAGACCUGAUAUCUUCUGAUCCUGAAAUACCGAUCAACUUACCACAUCAUGCACCGCGGUCAAAUCAAAUUCCCCGACGUCCAUCCCGCCUGGGACUGAUCUCAUCGGACCCAAUCGACGAUUCACUGUUUACCUACGAUAACUUCGACAUACAUCCCAGGAAGCGAAGAGUCAGCCAUGAGCAACGGUUGCCUCACGGCCGCGUUGCAUCAGCAACGGCACCGCCCGAACCGGCUUUUCCAAGCUCAUUCCCUUCAAUCCAGUUCUCAGAUGACGAUUUUGCCCUCCCAUCCUCACGCCCCGCCGCGCCAAGGAUACUGGCAGAACCGAGGAAGCAGGCAGAACCAAACGUGGAAAAUCACGAUCCUUUUAUUCUCACAUCCCCUUUGCCUGCAAGGCGAUCUAAAAAAAUGUCUCCAACACCCCGCCCCCGAACCUACGCCCCUCCCUCUCGUCCUCGAACCCUCGACCCACCUGAUAUCAUCACAAUCGACGAGGAUGAUGAUCAGUUUGCGAAGGCUGCUGGGGGCAACGGAUCCAACCGACUCACCCAGGACAGCAUAGAUGAGUUUAGUGAUCCGUUUUCCAUACCUGGCUUUGCAGACAUCGUUGGAACUGGCACCACUUCUAAACCGGUGUUUUCCAGUAAGACCGCUGCGUUGCUCUCUAGUCUCAGCGCAAAUGAUAAAGCUACCAAUGAAAAGAGUGUAUCGAAGACAGGGAACCAAAAAGCCAAGAUUGGGAUGCGUACAGGUUUCAACCUAUCUGAUGAGAUCGAUGAACCUGCUCCACCACGGCGGGCAGCGAAGAAAACCAGCAAAAUGACAAAUGAAGAAAAGGAAGCCAAGGCACAAGCUCGAGCCGAGGUAAAGGCACAGAAAGACCGGGAGAAAGAGCUUGAGAAGGAAAGAAAGCUGAAGCUGAAGGAGGAAAAAGCAAAACAGAAGCAGGUGGCAGCGGAUAUCUCAGAAGUGAAUAAACUCAAAAUCGACAAAAAGGAAUCUACACCGGAGAUGAUUAUCAACAUCGCAUCGUCACUGGAUGGCGCUAGUGUGGGGACCCAGACUAUCGAGUUCAUGAAGCGACUUGGAGUGGAUUACUCGUUCUUUGACAGUCCCAUUACCAACCUGGUCAGAUGGCGCCGGAAGGUCAAAGCAAAUUACAAUGAGGCAGCCGGUCAUUGGGAGCCAUGUGUGCCUUACAUUGCAGAAGAAAAACAUAUUCUCUGUUUGGUGCCCGCGCAAGACUUUGUUGAUAUGGUGAUUUCUUCCCCGGACGAGGAAAGAGAAACGUUGGAACAUCAUUUCCUCAAAAUCAGGGGUGCCUACCCCGAUCAUAAACCUAUCUAUCUCAUUGAAGGACUCACGGCUUGGAUGCGCAAGAACCGGAACUCGAGGAACAGAGCUUACCAGGCGGAGGUGCUUCGCCAGUAUGAACUACCAGCUCCUGAACCCACCACGGGCCGUGGUCGCGGCAGGAAACCGAAGAACAAACCCGAAACCACACCACCUGUUGACGACGAUACGAUUGAAGACGCUCUCCUUACACUCCAAGUGACACAUUCUUGCCUCAUCUACCACAGCAAUACGCCGGCAGAGUCCGCUGAAUGGAUUAAGAAUUACACGGAGCAUAUUUCCACAAUCCCAUACCGUCGUGAAAUGAUGACUGGCAACGAUGCAGCGUUCUGCAUGGAUGUCGGCCAAGUCAAGACGGGCGAAGAUAACCUUGAUACAUUUGUCAAAAUGCUCCAGGAAAUCAAUCGUGUCACUGCGUCCAUGUCAUACGGUAUUGCAAGCCAGUACCCGUGCGUGACCGACCUUGUCCGCGCCAUGCGCAUGCAUGGACCCACGAUGCUAGAAGAUGUUCGGGUAUGUAUAUCUCUUCCCUUCGUGGCCCGCUCCUUUCAUUUCUCUAUUUUUAAUCUUCCUUAUCUCGAGCCCCUGCUGAUCGUUUUGAAGAAAUCGGCAAACAAGAAUGGCGCAUUGACCGACUCAAGGGUUGGCCCCGCUGCGAGUAAGAGGCUGUACAAGGUAUUUACAGGCCUUGACCCGACAUCAACCGAUGUUUAG